AUGCGGGAUUUGUUACGAUUUACAAAUCCAUUGUGUCCUAAUUUACCAUUUGGAGGGAAGACUAUUGUACUAGGAGGUGAUUUUCGCCAAAUAUUGUCAGUGAUACCAAGGGGUGGUAGACAGGAUAUUGUUGGUGCUGCUAUUAAUUUUUCGUAUUUGUGGGCUCAUUGUACGGUUUUGAGAUUGACACAGAAUUUGAGAUUGCAGAGUGUUGGUACUGAUGAUUUAAGGCAAGAGUUAUCUACUUUUGCUAAUUGGAUUGCUUCAAUCGGUGAUGAUGAAGCUGGUGGACCAAAUGAUGGUGACGUAGAGGUUCCCAUUCCACAUGAGAAUUUGUUGCAUACAAAUGGUGAUCCAUCCAAGGAAUUGUGGAAAGUACAUUUCCUAUGUUUCGAGAACAACAACAUGACGCUGAUUAUUGAAUUGGUCGAGCAAUUUUGGCACCAACUCUUGAAGUUGUAG